GUCAGCUUCAUUUUUCCAGAGAACCCUGAACGCAGCACACGGAGCGGAGGGUUGGGAAGGACGAUGACAACAAAAACGGACAUCGAUGGAAUAUAACCUGGAUAUCUUGUGUCAGAGCUCCGACUGGCACUUAAACAACAGAAAGGGAGGAAAGUGAGAGAGGCUAGAGUUGAAAGCAAUGGAGGCUCGCUUUGGCAACAUUGUGUUCAGCUCCAAGUUUGACUCAGGGAACCUGGCACGAGUGAAAAAGGUAGAGAAGGAAAAAUUAAGCCCUUCUUCUAACACAGCCCCCAGUGGGAGUUCCUCCUCUGGCUCACACCUUACCCCUGACUAUGAGUUCAAUGUGUGGACGCAGCCAGACUGUGCUGGUACGGAGCACGAGAAUGGAAACAGAUCUUGGUUUUACUUCAGUGUGCGGGGGGCAGCACCUGGAAAGUUAUUGAAAAUCAACGUGAUGAACAUGAACAAUCAGAGGAAGCUCUACACCCAGGGCAUGGCACCUCUCGUCCGCACAUUACCUGGCAAAAACCGAUGGGAAAGAGUUCGGGACAGACCCACAUCAGAGAUUGUAGAUAACCAAUUCAUCCUUUCAUUCACUCACCGGCUGUUGGUGGUGCGAGGGGCUACCACCUACUUCUCCUUCUGCUUUCCAUUCUCUUACACUGAAUGUCAGGAGAUGCUGCAGCAGCUGGAUGAGAGCUACUCCAGUGCUGCUCAGCUCAGUCCGAGCAGUGCACCAAGCACUGUGUAUUACCAUCGGGAGCUGCUGUGCCACUCUCUAGAUGGUAAUAGGGUGGACCUCCUCACUGUGACCAACUGCAGCGGGAUGCGGGAUGAGAGAGAGGCUCGUCUGCCCAAGCUGUUUCCUGACACCGACACUCCAAGACCACACCGCUUCGCUGGAAAAAGGGUGUUUUUUCUUAGCAGCCGUGUGCACCCUGGGGAAACUCCCUCAUCUUUUGUGUUCAACGGUUUUCUCAACUUCAUCCUGAGAAGAGAUGACCCGCGUGCAAACAUGCUGCGCAACAUGUUUGUGUUCAAGCUCAUUCCUAUGCUCAACCCAGACGGGGUUGUCCGCGGACACUACAGAACUGAUUCCAGAGGUGUGAACUUGAACAGACAGUACUUGAACCCCAGCCCUGAGCUGCAUCCUUCAAUCUACGCAGCCAAAACCCUAUUACUGUACCACCACACACACAACCGUUCACACAAUGCACAGUCCACCACACACUGUAACAGCACCGCACACACACAGCCCUCUCCCCUCAACAUCAAGCCCACAAAUCAACAUCCUCCUCCCCUCACGGCUCUCGAAGUCAGCUUGAACCAGCGAAAUGCAGAGAAAGAUGCACAGCCUGCACAGCCGGAGGUUCCCAUGGUGAUGGAAGAGAACUGGACCACCACAGAAAUGGGGAAAGGAAUCCAGAACAGCUCCCAGAGUCCCCUAGAAACUGUAGCUCCUGUCACUGUAGAUGUUUCUGUAACACAGGUGGAGGAACCUGAAUCAGUGCCACCCCAGGAGGGAGGUGUUGCUUAUUAUGUGGACUUACAUGGCCACGCCUCUAAACGUGGAUGCUUCAUGUAUGGAAAUAGCCUCCCUGACGAGAGCCAGCAGGUAGAGAACAUGCUGUAUCCAAGGUUGAUUGCUGUCAAUUCAGCCCAUUUUGAUUUCUUGGGCUGUAAUUUCUCAGAGAAAAACAUGUAUGCCAGAGAUAAGAGGGAUGGUCAGUCUAAAGAAGGCAGCGGACGGGUCGCUGUUCACAAGGCAAUUGGGCUUCUUCACAGUUAUACUUUGGAGUGCAAUUAUAACACAGGAAAAACCAUGAACACAAUACCCCCAGCCUGCCAUGACAACGGCCGGGCAAGCCCACCUCCACCUUCAUCAUUCCCUCCGAAAUACACUCCCGAAAUAUUUGAGCAGGUGGGACGUGCCGUGGCAGUGUCUGCCCUGGACAUGGCGGAGUGCAACCCUUGGCCACGCCUCGUGCUGUCUGAGUACACUUGCCUCACAAACCUCAGAGCCUGGAUCCUAAAGCACGUCCGCACCACCAAAAGCCUGAACGCACACUGCAACGCUUCCUCAAAAGUGCACAACAACAGCAGCAAGGCGUCCCCGCCAAAAAGCUUCAACAACAGCUUUCUGUCCGGUUCAGCUUCAGAGAACACCCUUAGCCGUGUUCGCUGUAACAGCCAGAGUAGCAGCAGCCAGACACCCUCCCCAAAAAUGCACAGCUCGCCGAGUUUUACCUUUGGCUGCCCUCCACCCCGAACUCACACACAGCACAACGGCACACACACCAGCGGUCGUGGAAGCAACAAGACACUCGGGCCAGUCAGGGACACUAAGCCUCAGGAGAAGAGACGGCCCCCCCACCACCGCUCCAUCCUACGGUCUCCUAGCAACAGCCACACACCCUCCCGUCCCCCACUGUCACCCCCUUCCUCCUCCUCCUCCUCGUCUUCUUCAGUUUGUGCAGCAGGUUCCUGUCCCCUCCCAGCCUCCGUCAGUAUGACAGGCAUCAGCUGCCCGGAUUUUAAGGCUGGUGGAUCCGGGUCUGCAGGCAGGUCCAGAAUGCCUUUUCCCAUGCGUCCCGGGUAUGCAGGUCGAGGCUUCCGAGCUCUUACGAUCACUCAUCAUCCUGCAGAAACCAGUAGAGAGACUUCUAAAGACUUGGACCCUGAACAUAUCCUGUCAUCCAUCACAUUAAGCAAGUGUGAGCUGCAGCCCCACAUAAGCCGCAUCCCCAUCCGAAGAGUGGGGUCGUGUGAUGUUCCAACACACAAUACCAAAACAUCGCUCACUUCACCUGGAGAAAAGGAGGUGUCCACCACCAUGAAGGUCUGCAAGCUGAGCCCUAGCCUCCAUAGACACCUGUCGCUGUCAGGUGUGUCAGAGGAAGAAAGUGCCAUCCAGCUGGCCUCUAAAGCACUGCUGGUGAAGAGUACAGACAGAGGUCUCUGCUACGGAGCGAAUGCUAUCAUAGAGACCACAGCAGAGAUGGAUGCAACGCUGCAGCAGGUUGGGGAGACUGCAGUAACACCGAUGACUGACGCUGUGAACAUGUGUGACACACUGACCCUGUGUGGAGAAGCAUAGGAACUGCACAAAGGAAGAGGAGCUUGAUUUUCGGGUUUUUACUGUCGGCCUACAUUCCUGUACUGAUUUCUACACAUUUUAAACAUGUUAGACUGAUUGAUGUGCAAUACAACUAUUUUUUUAUCUUCAUUUACUCAGAUCAAGCAUGUUUGUUUCAGCCAUCCUAUGCAGCAUUAAAUAAGACCUGAGCAGUUUUAUGUUUUUCCAGGAGCAGCUGAAGGUUAAAGUGCCUUUUUAACGACACUAUCACAGUAGUUGGAGUUGUUGGACGAUGGCACAAAAUUUCCCAAAUGUUUUUAUUUUUCAGCUUAUCAAGAAUCUAUAAACUUAAAAUAAUCCCUUUAACAUUUCAACUCUCUGUACCAUACAUUUAUCUUCUCUAAAGUGAUGUGAAACACUCUUAACACACCAUUAACAUGCUAUUAUUACACCAUGGAAAAUCCUUUCAUUCACCCACUUUAACUGUACCAUUGCAGCAGAGGGCUGAUGUUUCUUUUUAAACCACUGAGCACAAAAGCACCUUCUUGUUUUCUUUUUUUUAUUUUUUAAACCUCAUUUCCUUUGAGUGUGUAAUUAUUCCAGAGUAUUUUGUGCUUUUCAUGUAGUGUUUAUCUAAAAAAAAAUCCCUGUUGUGGACUACUUCAGCAUCUGUUUUGAAGCACCUGCAAAUAAAAUGGAUCAACCUUGUGUGAUCCUACACGUUGACUUUUUUCUUUAUAUUUAUAAAUCAAGGAUACUUUUGUUUGAAGAGACUAACUAGUAGUUAAGACGGUAAAAUGUUAAUAUCCAAACUUGUGCAUAUCUUUUGUCAAGUUUUUGGGAAUAAAUUAAAUUGGAAAAUGUGUGGUACAGCUUUAAAAUGUAUACUUGUGCAGACACUUUUUUAGGUGUACCUUGCUAGUACUGUGUUGGACCCAUUUUUACCUUCAGAACUGCCUUAAUUCUUCAUUGUAUAAAUUUAACAAGGUGUUGGAAUCACUCCUCAGAAAUUUUGAUCCAUGUUGACAUGAUAGCAUCACACAGUUGCUGCAGUUUCCUGCUGGAAGUAGCCAUCAGAAGAUGAUGCACUGUGUUCAUAAACAGAUGGACAUGGUCAGCAACAAUCAGGAAGGCUGUGAUGUUUAAACAACGCUGAGUUUCACUGAAAUGGAGACUCAUCAGACCAGGACCAGGCAAUGAAUGCCCAUCUGUCUCAAAUUUUGGCAUGUUGCUUGUUCAGAAAUGGUAUUCUGCAUACCUUGGUUGUCACCAGUGUCCUCUUUCUAUCAUCUCCAACCAGUCUGCCCAUUCCUUUCUGACACUAACAAGGUAUUUUGAUCCAGACAACUACUUCUCAUUGGAUAUUUUCUCUUUUUCAGACCACUCUCUGUAAACUCUACAGUGUGUGUGAAAAUCCCAGUAGAUCAUCAGUUUCUGAAAUACUUAGACCAACCCAUCACAGUCCACGUUCAUGCUUGGUUUGAGCUUCUGCAAGUCUUCACCAUGUCUACAUGCUGCUGUGAUUGGCAAAUUAGACAUGAGUUAAGCUAAUAGUUGCCAGUGAGUGUAGUUGUCAGAAAGUUGAAAUUUGAGGGUCCUUGUGAGCGAUGACACCAAAUCUUUAAACCCUGAGGAAGGAUUGUUGUGGGAAAGCUUCUAUGCAGGUGGCCCAGGAAAGUUAUUUGAAAUUGGGUCAAAUUCAUUCAGAAAAUACACAAACUUGAGUUCUGCAACAUAAGAGUGUUGCAUAGUCAUUUUGUUAAGUGGCCUAAAUGGAAACAUAAGUCUGAAGUUAUUAGAAACUGAAAAAUGCAGCAUCCUGAUUCUGCCUUUUCUUUUUAUUGACUUGAUUAAAUUUUUUUAAACCCAGUCAUAUCACUUGAUUAAACCCAUCCUAGAUGUUUGGGGGUUUUUUUUUUAAACGAUUAUAGAUACUACAUGAAUUUUGAAUAACCUGUCA